GCAGUUAACAGUUGCAAACCGGCUCCCAGUCAUGUAGGUACCUCCCCGAACAGCUUCGGAACAAAUCUGUGUUCGGUCGUGGUUAACGAAAAAAAAUAUUUUCUCUUUGAAUAGUAAAAUAUUUAACAGUUAUUCAUGGCACAUAGAUAAAAGCGUCAAAAGAACAACUCGACCUUUUCAAUUAUCGAGGUUGAAAUUUUAAAUAGAUUACUACAACAUUUUUUUAACGAAAGAACUAUCUAAAAUUUGGGUUUAUUUGAUAUGAAUUUACGAUGGAUGAAUUUUUUGUUAUUUGGACUAUACUACGUCCCAGAAAUAAUGUCAUCUUCGUGGCAAAUGAGUUCUAUGGAGGCACCGUCUUUUUCUAUCGAACCACCUAAUUCAGUAUAUUUUUCCAAUACUACGGGUACAUUACUAAAUUGUCAAGGACACGGCUAUCCUCAACCAAAUAUCACUUGGUUAAUGUACAAUGAUAAAGUUGUUAUAGAGGUGCCCAGACUUAGGGAAAUUCAACCUAGUGGUAGCUUGUAUUUUCCUCCGUUUCCUUCUCAAGAUUAUACACCAGAUAUACAUACAACAAUUUAUAAAUGUGCUUUAGAGAAUCCAAUCGGAAAAAUUAUAUCACGUGAAUCACAAAUAAAAGCUGUGAUAGUGAAAACACUAGGAUUAGUAGUGGAAAAUGCGGUUGUAUUUCAAGGAAAUGUAGCAAUGUUUAAAUGCCAAUCGCCUGAAUUAAUUAGUGAACAUGUAGUAAAAACCUGGUUUAAAACAGACGAUUCUAAAUCAGGAAUUGAACAAGCGAUUCCAAUAUAUUUGGGUGGACGUUAUGUAAUAGCUUUGGAUGGAACUUUACUCGUACAUAAUGUAGUACUUGAAGAUAGGUUAGACCGAUAUUUUUGUCAAGUUAAAAAUAAGUACACUGGUGAUCAAUUAACCAGUCAAUUUGCUAAAAUAAUUGUUAAACAAUCUAUCGAAGAAAUACGUCCUACUAUUAAAUAUCACACGAAUCACUUGAACGUUAAGACAAACCAACCUAUUGAUAUACUAUGUUUGGCUGAGGGUUAUCCACCUCCAUCUUAUAAAUGGUUCAAAGUAGAUCAUGGUAGCACUCAAGAAGUAUCUAUAGAAUCUUUAUCAGUACAUCCAUAUCAAUCAUUACUACGAAUUACGAGCAUUCCUAUAACUGGUUCUAGAAUUAUUUAUAAAUGCGAAGUAUCUAACAAAAUUGGACAAGAUCAAAGAGAAAUAAUUAUAGCAGCUGAUACUCCAUUUGCUGUCAGCAUACAUCCUUUAAAACAAGUAAUUGAUUCAGGAUCAACUGCUAUUUUUAAUUGUUCUGCUCAAGGAACAUUUUUAAAACCUUUAUAUUCAUGGUUAAAGAAUGGAGCUCCUAUAAUAGGAUUUGAACGAUAUGAAAUAUCUCAAGAAGGAAAUCAAUUAAUCAUUCAAAAUGUAAUGAAGAAUGAUGAUGGAAUAUACCAAUGUUUAAUAAGGAAUCCAGAUACUGAUGACACUGCACAGGCCAGUGCUCUUUUAUUACUUGGAGCUGUAUCUCCUGAGUUAUUCAACGUUUUCCCUGAACAAAUAAUCCAAAAUAAUGGGUUUCUUUCACUUAGAUGUAUAGCUUCAGGUAAUCCACCCCCAAGAAUUUAUUGGUAUCUUGACGGGGGACUUUUAUUACCUCAAGGAGAUUAUGUUUUUGGAAGUUACAUGCAUAUAGAUGGAAAUAUUGUUAGUUACUUAAACGUUUCAGUUGCAGAUGUUUUACAUGGAGGUUACUACUCAUGUUUAGCACGUAAUAUAUUAGGAUUUAGGUUGUAUUCAGCUAUGGUAAAAAUUUACGGCGAUCCUGUAGCCAGACCACCGUUAAAUUUAACUGUACGAUCAGAUGACGAUGCAUAUCUUCAAUGUCCUGUUGCUGGUUACCCAAUUGCGAGAACUGUUUGGAAAAAAGACAUGGUAUCUAUUUCAAACCAUUCUAGACAUCAACUUUUUGACAAUGGUACACUUUUCAUACGUUCAACUCAAGAUAUUUCUGAUUCGGGACUUUACGUAUGCACAAAAAUUAAUGAUAAAGGGCAGUUUGCUACAGGAAAUCUCUAUUUAAAAAUAAUGAAACCACCCGUAGUAACACCAUUUCAAUUUACUAAAGAUUUACAACAAAGUGAAAGAGCCCAGGUUUCGUGUACUAUAAAAUCAGGAGAUUUGCCGAUGGAGUUUGUUUGGCGAAAAGACAAUAGAAUACUUACAACUGAUAACGAAAUUGAGUUACAAAAUUUCAAAUUUUCUAGCACUAUUUUCUUUAGUAAUUUAAAACCACAUCAUGCGGGACUUUAUACGUGUAUUGUCAGCAACUUUGUUGCCAGUAGCAAUUACUCCGCUCUUUUAAAUAUCAAAGCUCCACCAAGAUGGAUUGUUGAGCCCGAAGAUACGUCAGUACUUGUUAAUCAACCAACCGUCAUUAAUUGCCAAGCUGAAGGAUAUCCACAACCAAAAAUAAUAUGGACUAAAGCUUCUAAUAAUCAUUUAUUACAAUCAUUUAAUAUAUUCUCAGACUAUGAUCUAACAGUAUUAGGAAAUGGUUCUUUAACUAUACAAUUAACAACACGUCAAUAUGAAGAUAACUAUACAUGCUCGGCUGAAAACGGAAUUGGAAAACUAAUUUCAAAAACUGUAUCAUUAAAAGUUCAUAUUCCUGCUCAAUUUAAAGAAAAAAUAAUAAACAAAAACGGUGUAGGUGGAAGUAAAGUGUUAUUAACAUGUAAAGCGGAAGGUUCAAAGCCACUAAGCAUUCAGUGGAAACCUUUUGUAAAUAACAUCAAAACUAAAGACACCAAAGAUGGUGUAAUAUCAGAAAUGCUUCUUGAGUCCUUAAAUAGAAAUCAAACGGGUGUUUACAUAUGUAUGGCAUCUAAUUCUUAUGGUUACGACCGUAUGACAAUUAAUUUGGUUGUUAAAGAGCCACCUGUAGCUCCAAAACAGUUAAAGGUCGUAGAGGCAGGUACGAGAUGGCUAGAAUUUAGUUGGGAACCAGUAGAAAUAUUCAUAACCCAUUACAUUCUUCAGCUAUGUCAUAAUUUAUGCAUUAAUUGGUCAAAUUAUACUAUUAAUGGGAGUUUAACUCAUACAAAAGUUUCCUAUUUAAAACCGGCUACAAUUUAUAUUGUGCAAGUUGUAUCAGUUAAUGAUUUCGGUUGUAGCAAUCCUAGUCAAAAUGUCACCGUAACUACUUUAGGAGACAAGCCUAGCGCACCCCCAGAUAAUUUAGAAGCCAUUAACAUUGAAUCAAAUCUAGUUGCAGUAAAAUGGAAUCCCCCUGAAAAAAAUACUUGGAAUGGUCAAAUUUUGGGCUAUAAACUAGCAUAUAUUGACACUAACGAGUUAUCAGUCAUAAACAUUAAGACAAUAUUUGGCGUAAGCAGAUGCUAUUUUAACAUUACUAAUCUGAGCCCAUUUACAACAUACCAAAUUACAGUAAGAUCAUUUAAUGAACUAGGAUUUGGUCCAGAUUCAGAUUUUAUACGUGUUGUUACUAAAGAAGGAGUUCCAAGUGAACCUCCACAAAAUGUAAAAUGUUUACCACUAACUACAGAAUCAUUAAGGAUGAGCUGGAACCCACCACCAAUGGUUUCUCAUCACGGUAUUAUUUUGGGUUAUAAAAUUCAGUAUAAAAAAAUAAACCAAAUAUUAGGAACUUACGUUGCAAAUGAAAUGAAAAGAACCACGAACUUAGAAACAAAUUUACAUGGACUAGAAAAGUAUACAAAUUACAGUAUAAAAGUUUUGGCAUAUACUAAAGUAGGAGAUGGCGUUCAAUCGAACACUAUUUACUGUGUUACUGAACAAGAUGCUCCGGGGUCUCCAGAAAAUGUUAAAGCUCUUACAGUAACAUCUAAUAGUGUACUGGUUUCUUGGACUCCACCAAUAAAAUCGAAUGGCAUCAUCAUUAAAUACGUCGUCCACGUUAAACACAACAAAGUAAUUGAAAAAGAGAUUGUUUUUGGUGAAAAAAAUACUAAAAUUGAAGUUCGACAUCUUAAAGAGUUUCAACGGUAUGAAUUUUGGGUUACUGCAUCCACUACAGCUGGUGAAGGGCAACCAAGCUUCCGUGUAAUUCAAAGUCCAAAUUCAAGAGCUCCAGCUAGAGUAGCAUCUUUUGGUGAUCACAUAAACGUUGUGGUAGGAACAAAAUGCUUAAUUGAAUGUUAUACAGUAGGAAUGCCAACUCCAAUUGUCAAAUGGAAACAGCCCGAAGGCACUGAAGUCGAAGUUUUAACAGACGGUAGUCUAAUGAUCGGACCUAUAAAUGACAGUUCUUAUGAAGGUAACUAUACUUGUCAUGUAGAAAAUAUUUUCGGAAGGGAUCAAGUAUCUUAUAUGGUCCACGUUCUUUACCCGCCGGAGCCUCCUGAAUUUUACGUUGAGUCUAUUUCAACAGAAGUCAUAUUAGUACAAUGGAGACCGAUAAAACAAUUUGACAUUGUUACUACCGCAUAUACACUGAAUUAUAAGUUAAAUGAUAACCCACCUGAAAAAGUGGACAUUGACUCGGAUAAUUUAACAUACUAUAUCAGAAGACUGAAAUGUGGAUCGAAAUACAGCGUAUCGAUGCAAACUGUAAAUACAGUAGGCAUCAGUAGAUUUAGCCAAGUAAAAGAAGUGUUAACUAAAGGUGGAGUUCCUGAUAUACCAGACAAAGAUACUGUUCUUGCAAUUAAUUCGACUAGUUUGACAUUCACAUUUAGUACAUGGCCCAUUAAUCUGUGUUCUAUUCAUUCAUUUACAUGUCAUUAUACAUUAAUUAAUGAAGAAAAUGCUGGUAUUUGGAUCAAAAUGUCAAAACAAAAAUUAACCAGCGAUACCUUCACUAUAAGCCACUUAAAACCAGCUACAGUUUAUACAGUACGAAUGAUUGUUCAUACAGAAGCUGGGGACAGAACAUGGGAACACACUUUAGCAACUAGAACAUUAUCUGGAGAUAUAGUUCAAAUUCAAUCAAACAAUAAAUAUGACAUUAUUCAAAGUAUUGCUCAGUUACACAAGUAUGUACCUGUAGCAUCUGCUCUUAUAUGUUUAGUAUCGUUUUGUGUAUGCAUUUGCGUGGUUAUCAAACGAAGGAAAAAAGAAUCGCAAUAUUUGAGAGGUAGUCCGAUAGAAAGAGAAUCGAGUGUUGAGUUAGAAAAGCAAAUUGAAUUUACAUCUUUUACGAUGAGAAAUAGAGGAUCUUCAUUAAAUAAAUCUGAUGAAAAAACAAUCGAAUACGAAGUAAGCCCAUACGCUACAUUCAAUGUAAUCCAAACAACGGCACCAUCAAUUUCCAAGACGUCUUCUUGUCAUCGAACACUUAGCCAAAGUGAUUGCUAUGAAAUGCCUGAUCAAAUGAAUACUUAUGAAGUUUCUUACAUAUCCAAUAAACAAACAUUCCCGGUAUCAACUAAAUUAUGUAGAAGGACAAUGUCACCCGUACACUUCAUAGAAGAUUUAAAUAAUGCAUCGUACCACAAUAAGAUGACGUCAAUAAGAAAACAAGGAUUAGACAUUUAAUGAAACGUUUAAUACAGACAUUAGAAAAGGCGCUAUCCUCACACUAAAACAGAAAAAUCAUCAAAUAUCCUUGUAAUAAAAAUAUUAAAUAUUGUGCUUUACAAUAAUUAUACAUUAUCUAGAAAUAAACACCAAUAAGUAUAAGACACAGUUAUAACAGUUUGCAUUGUAUGAUGUUAGAGUUUUAUAUAUUUUAUUUAAGCUAAAAUAAGAACUUAAUUUAUCAAAGUACAUUUUUUGAAAUAAGUCGUUUAAUAUCAAAAGAAAAGUAAGACUAAAAAAUUUCUCUAAUUUAAAUUUAUUUCGACUAUCACUUAUAAAUUGAGCAAUCAAAAUUUAGAAGAAUAAUAUAAGAUGUACAUUUUCUUUGCUAUUGGCCAGCUCAAUUAAAUUAGUUUAAUUAUGUACCAUAAACACAAAUUCAUGAUUAAAUUUUAAGGAAGGACAAAAUCUUAAAUUUCACUUAACAUUAAAAUGUUUAAAGGUCAAUCAAAACUUUCCAUCUAAUUACAAUUUUUUUUAACACAUUUUUCCUUGAAAAUUAUAAAAUCAUAGUGAGAUGUUAUAAUAUGUAUUAUGUACAGUAGCCACCGGUGCCAUCAAUGAUGUGCAUUAAUAUUACAAUUGUGUAAUCUGAAAAUAAAAUAUGACAAAUCAUAUUGUUUUAAAUCAGAUUUAAGGAAAAUACACAGAAUUUAUAAUUGAGAUUCAAAUUGUGUACAAAUUAUAGAAA